AUGUAUCUCAUGUUACACAGCUGAUGCAAGCAGAAUGGAUUCUUUUCCUCAAUUUGGCAUUGGGCUUUUAUCACUCGUUUGAAAAAUAAUUUUCAUUUGAUUAGUUGUGAUAUAUUUCUUACUUGAUGGUGUUCUGAAAUCAAUUUUAUAAUUAAUUUAAAAUUAAUUUCAUGUCUAGAUCCCAACUUCUAAAACUCCAGAUUGUUCAUUGAUAGAAUAAGACAUCCUUUAAAAUUUAGCAUGAAAGAAAAAGAUCAUAAAAAUAAAAAAAAUCAAAUGAAAAAUAAAAAUCACAACGGGAGUUGCAUCAAGGUCUGCCUGCCUGACUGGAUAUUCUUAUCUUUAUUUAAGAAUGGCCUUUUAUGGUAAUUUUUUGGUCAAAUGCAAUAUUAUAAUUAUUUUUGUCUCUUUUGCCCUUGUUUAAUUUUUGAAAUCCUAAUUUGUCCAUCACCAGGAGCGAGAAAGGAACCGGAAAAAACCAGUCAGCUCACCCGGCGUCGGGAAAAUCACCGGCAGCCUCUGGCAAAAUUUUUGGUUAGAUUAGUUUGCCUGAAGCCAAAUUAUUUCUUCUUUUCUUAGAUUCUGGCGACUUUCCGAGAAAUUAUCUUCAACGAAAACGUUAUAUUCCGACGUGAGGGGCCGGAUUUGGGUCGAUGUAAGCCAGAUCGAACUGCUAAAGACAAGAUCUAGCCGCUGGUUCGUCGAACCGGCACCAAAAGCCACAGAUCUGGUCGGUAACAGCCAUCUUUUGUCGCGGAGAUGCGUUCAACGGCCUGAAAUGACCGCUGAUAUGGGUAAUCCAGUUCUCGGGCGAUAGUUUUCGUGGAUCAGCCCAAGUCAAAAGCGUCACCGUCGACGAUUUUCUAACUGGGGUUGGCUGGAAUGUAUGAUGGCGAGUCGAGUGAAGGAAGACGAGAAAAAUGAGCGAAUAAUUCGGGGCCUUCUCAAACAACCGGAGAAUCGUAGAUGUAUUAACUGCAACAGUUUGGGGACUCAAUAUGUUUGCACAAAUUUCUGGACAUUUGUUUGCACCACCUGUAGUGGAAUACAUCGGGAGUUCACACAUAGAGUUAAAUCAGUAUCGAUGUCUAAAUUUACUUCUCAAGAAGUUAGUGCUCUUCAAGAAGGGGGAAAUCAGCAUGCAAAAGGAAUCUAUUUUAAAGAAUGGGAUCCGCAGCGUAAUUCUGUUCCUGACAGCAGCAAUGUUGAGAGGCUUCGAGACUUCAUUAAGCAUGUUUAUGUGGAUAGAAGAUAUAGUGGUGAGAGAAACUAUGACAAGCCUCCACGAGGAAAGAUGGGUGACAAGGAAGACUUUUAUGAGAAUAGGAGGACAGAUGGAUACCAGGGAGGGACCAGAAGUCCACCAUAUGAAGAUACAUAUGAACGCCGUUACAGUGAAAGGUCCAGUCCAGGGGGAAGAAAUGAUGACAGAAAUUCUAAAUAUGGUUAUGAUGAAAGGCGAAGUCCUGGAUAUGGUCAAGAAAGUCGACAAUAUGGUGAUUACAGAAGAAGUCCUGCUCGUCCUGAGAUUGUCAAUGACUGGUGCAGAGAAGAUAGAUUUGGUAAUGGGAGGAAACCUGAAGAUCGUAGAAUAUCUGAUGGAGAUCCAAAGUUGGAAGGGAGGUCACCUGACCGACCAAAAGAUUUAGAGUCAUCCAGUCCCCCAGCGGUUCGUCCUGUUAGAGAAAUUUUGGGUGAGAAUGUAAUACCCCUUCGUAUAAGUGAACCUCCAAAUGCAAAUGGCGGAAGAACUGUUGAUGGCCCUCAGACACAGCAGAGAACUGUAUCCUCUAGCAGCUUGGGAUCUACCAGUGGGAAUCCUGCGGAAGUCAAGUUGGAAAUGACUGGGAGCUUAAUUGAUUUUGAUACUGAUCCUGAACCUCCAGUAACUUCCACAGUUUCUCAUACACAACAAAAAACUGUGACUCAAUCCAUUGUGCAGCCAACGAGUUCUAACAAUGACAACAACUGGGCGUCUUUUGAUUUUACCCCUCAGCCAAAUGUUUCUCGGGCUUCUUCGAAUGUGAACACUCUUGACUCUGUUCUAUCUCAAUUGUCAGUUCCAGCAUCUGUACCUGGUCAUCUAUCAGGAGUGUCUACCAGUGUUGGUGGUCAGGUACCUGCUUCUGUGGCCAACGUGAAUGUAGCACCUCUUGGUGGUAAUUCCAAUGUUGCAUUCACAAGGCAGAUUCAAACAUUACCCUUUGGUGCUGGUGCUCCUCCAGCUGCACCAGUUAGCAAUAUCUCAACUUUGCCUUCUGGUGCUUUGACAGCUGCCCCUGGAUUAACGCCUACAAUGCCUGCAAGCAGUGGUAGUUCUCAGGUCAAUGUUAAUAAUGCUGGACAAUGGCCUAAUAUGCAGCACCAACAAACUUCUUUUUUCUCUGCAGCCGGUGGUCUCUCUACUACCCAACAAUUUAUGCUACCUGUUGGUGGAGCUUCAACCAAUCAGCCAUGGAAUUUUGCUGCUUCCCAGCAUGUGCAGGAGCCUUUGAGUGCACCAGUUGUACAAACACCUCAAGCUGUCUCAAAACCUAUCCAGGAUGUCACUUCUACUGUUGCAACACAGCAGCCCUCUACAGAAACAAAAACAAGUGGAAGAACAGAACUACCAGCGGAUCUAUUUACUGCAACCCACCGUUCCUGUCCUGUAGCUGUAUCAGUGUGGCAAACUGGCCGACCACAUGGGAUGGCGUUUGCAAUGCAAUAUAAUACUGCAGUGCCAAUGUCCGCUUUUCCUCAGUCAUCAAGGUCAAUAAACCCAUUUGAUCUUGGCGGUGAAGCACCUCCGGUUCAAACUCAAACAUUCCCUUCAAUGGCUUCCUUACAAGGUGCCUUACCAAAUGUGCCACCUCCUGGCCUAUUGCACACUUCUAGCCAUGGUACUUCAUCAUCAGUGUGGAUGCCACCUCAGUCUUUACCUUAUGCAUCAGGGAUGGCAUUGCAGUCACUGCCUUAUGCAUCAGCAUUGCUGCAAAGGCCAUUCCUAGGAGCACAAUUACCUAAUAACUUGCCACCUGCCAGCCAUCAAAUUGGCAGCAUUGGCAGUGGGGCAUCUUUUGGUUUUGUGAAUACUGAUCAACAGGUGGCUGGUAGAUUCUCGGCACCAGCUACCCCACAGCCUUACUCUUCUGUUGGGGGCAACCCAUUUGGCUGAAUAUAAAGAAAAAAGCAUCCAGGACCUGAUGUCUGGUUUAGCAUCCUCUUGUUAGUACCUGUUAAAUUGAUGGGUGGAAAUUUUGGUUUUAGUUCGAGUGAUUCAUUUCUGGUACAAGGAUCUGAUAUCCAUACUGGCCAUAGAUAAUUAGUUUGGUUCUCACACAGAGGGAGAAACGAGUGAGCGAGUGAGUUGCGAGCACAAAUUUGCAAUGGUACUGCGGAUAAGCUUGUGGGGAUCUAGUUUGUUUUUAGAUAUGAUGCUGAUUGUAAAUUCCUUCGAGUGAUCUGUGUGUUACCCACAAAUUGUAUCAUUUUCUCUCUCCUUUUUUUUUUUUUUUUACCAUGUAUGAUUUUGUAGUCUGUCACUGACUCAGAUAACCACUUCUGAUGAAAGUUUUUGAAAAUUGUCACAGCUUGUAACUUUGUAAUGUAAAAUAGUAUUGAGAUUAUUUGAAGAA